GAACCAAGGGGACAAAGACAGCCGCCAACACAGCUCAAGUGUCUUCCUGUCGACUCUGCUACAUUGUACAUACCAUCAUCUGCCUCUGAUUCACAACCACAUCAGACCUUCCAGUCAGUCGACAAUCCUUUUCUCUGGCUCAGGCUCUGAUCCAGCCCCAACGAGAAGACGGGCAGUAGUGUGGAGGGCCCAGCUCAGCCUUGGGAAGGAGCAGCUCUUCCCCUGGACAGGAUGGAGGCUGAGGAAGGAAUGGCUUCUGGGAGUCCCGUGUCAGUGACAUUCAAGGAUGUGUCUGUGGACUUCAGUGGGGAGGAGUGGAGAUGCCUGAAUCCCGGCCAGAAGGCCCUGCACAGAGACGUGAUGUGGGAGAACUACGAGAACCUCGUCUCCAUAGGGAUUCCUGUUUCCAGAUUGGAUGUGAUCUCCUUGUUGGCAAAACAAGGAGCACCAUGGAUAUCAAAGGAAGUCCCCAGGGGAACCUGCCCAGAUUCCUUUAGUGAGGAGGCCAGGUUUGAACCCAAAGAUUCAAGUUUGAUGCAGGCCAUUUGCCUUAGAGCAUCAUUCAAGAAAAGACUGACAAAGGAUACCAUAGGCUGGCAUUCCAAGACAAGAGAAUCUGGGGUAUGUAAUGUUAAUUUAGAGAAACUGGACAACCAGGAGAGAGAGUCCAGACAAAGAACAAUCACUUCUAAAACAACUUUUAAUAAUUUGAAUGUACCUUGCUGUAAUAAACUUGGGAGAAAUUUUAGUCUGGGAUCAAAUUUUGUUGCACCAUGGAGAAGAACUAUAGGAAAAGGUUUCCAUAAAUACAAGACACUUGGAAGAAGCUUCAGGGGUUUCCCUUAUUUAAUUAUAAGUAAUAGAUUCUUCUUCCAGAAGGACCUUUGUAAGUAUACCAAGUGCAAGAAGCCCUUCAAUUACCACUCAGACUUAAUUAAAUUUCAUAAAAUGCAUGCUGGAGGAAGGCUACAUGAAUCCAAUGAAUAUGAAAAGGCAUUUGGCAAAAGAUCAAAUCAUACUGGACAUCAGACAGUUCAUAAUGAAGAGAAACAUUACAAAUGUAAUAAAUAUGGGAAAUUCUUCAGAGACAGAAAAGGCUUGAUUAAACAUAAUGUGAUUCAUAUUAGAAAGAAAUCCUUUGCACAUAAUCAAAGUGAGAAAGCCUUUAAUGAAAAGGGACAUGCUAAUACACAGAGAACUCAAAAUGAAGAAAAACUCUUCAAAUGUAAUGAAUGUGGGAAAGCUUUCAGCCAGAGGGGAAACCUAAUUAGUCAUCAGAGUGCUCAUACUAGAAAGAAACCCUUUGCAUGUAGUACAUGUGGGAAAACUUUUAGCCAUAGGGGAAGCCUAAUGAGUCAUCAGAAUGUUCAUACAGGAGACAAACCUUUUGCAUGUAGUACAUGUGGAAAAGUCUUUGGCCAAAUGAGACAUCUUAUUAUACACAGGAGAAAUCAUAGUGGACGGAAACCAUUUGUCUGUAGUGAAUGUGGAAAAGCCUUCAUUAGGAGAGGGCACCUUAUUACGCAUCAGAGAAUUCAUACUGGAGAAAAACCCUUUGCCUGUAAUGUAUGUGGGAAAAAAUUCAGUGAGAGGAGAAAUCUUAUUACCCAUGAGAGAAUUCAUACUGGAGAAAAGCCUUUUGCAUGUAAUGAAUGUGGAACGGGCUUCCGACAGAGAAUAAGCCUCAUUAUACAUCAGAGAACUCAUACUGGAGAGAAACCUUUUUCAUGUAAUGAAUGUGGGAAAGGCUUCAGACAGAGUGGACACCUUACUACACACCAGAGAAUUCAUACUGGACAGAAACCCUAUAAAUGCAGUGAAUGUGAGAAAACCUUCAGUGAGAGGAGAACCCUUAUUACCCAUCAGAGAACUCAUACUGGAGAGAAACCCUUUACAUGUAAUGAAUGUGGGAAAACAUUUACCCAAAGGGCAAGCCUUAUUACUCAUCAGAGGACUCAUACUGGAGCCAAGCACUUUGAAUGUAAUGAAUGUGGGAAAGCUUUCUUCAGGAGGGGACACCUUAUUACACAUCAAAGAACUCAUACUGGAGAGAAACCUUUUGCAUGUAAUGAAUGUGGAAAAACUUUCAGUGAGAGGAGAAACCUUACUACCCAUCAGAGAAGUCAUACUGGAGAGAAACCCUUUACAUGUAAUGAAUGUGACAAAACCUUUACCCAAAGGGCAAGUCUUAUUAACCAUCAGAGAAGUCAUACUGGAGAGAAAGCCUUUGCAUGUGAUGAAUGUGGGAAAUCAUUUACUCAAAAGGCAAGUCUUAUUACUCACCAGAGAACUCAUACUGGAGAGAAAUCUUUUGCAUGUAAUGAAUGUGGAAAAUCAUUUACUCGAAGUGCAAACCUUAUUAUCCAUCAGAGCACCCAUGCCAGAGGAAAACCUUUUGAAUGUAACAAAUGUGGGAAAACCUUCAGUGGGAGGGGAUGCCUUAUUAGACAUCAGAGAAAUGAUACUGGAGUGGAAUGUACUGAAGGUGGUAAAUACAAAGAGUAGCACAAAAUGAUUCACUACAUCCAGUGGAGUACCCCAGAUGUCUUUCCUUAGUUCUCUGUUUAACAUUUUUAUCAAUUACUUAGCUGUCAUGCUUAUCAAAUUUGCAGAUGACCCAAAGCUAGGAGGCAUAGUUAACACUGUAUGGCAAAAAGAUCCUGACACGUUAAAAAUUUGGGCUGAAAUAUGAAAUUUGAUAAGAGAUGAAUGUAAAUAGAGACUAAAAGUUCUAAAUGAAAAAAAAAGACAAUACAAAAAUCAACUUAACAAAUCACUCAGUAAAAAAAACAUUUAUUAAACCUUUAUGAUGUGCUACACAUUAUGGAUACAAAGAAAAAAAGUCCUGUCAUCAGGAAGCUCACAUUUUAAUGGAGCAGAUAACAUGUAAAUUAUGUACACAUAAGAUAUACACAGUACAGAAUUGGAAGAUAAUCUUUGUGGCUGGGAGAACAAGAAAAGGCUUCCUUUAGAAGGUGGGAUUUGGGCCAAGACUUGAAGGAAUUCAGAGAAGGUAAAAGGCAGGGAGGAGGAGAGAGCAUUUAUAGAAUUGGAGACAGCCUGGGCAAAAGCAGAAAUGUAGUGUUGUGUGCUAUGAACAGCAAGUAGGCUGGUGUACUUGACCCAUCAAGUAUGUGGGAAAGAAUAAAUGAUGAAAAGAAGCCUAAGAAGGUAGGAAGGGGCCAAGUUUUGAAGAGUUUUAAACGUCAAACCAAGGAUUUUAUUUUUGAUCAUGGAGGUAAUAGGGAACUUCUGGAUUUUAUUGAGUAUGGAGGGGAAGUGACAUCACCAGACCUAGGAAAAUCACUUUGGCAGCUAAGUGAAGGUUGGAUGGAAACAGGGAUAGACUUGAAGCAGGGAGACCAAUUAGAAAGCUACUUCAUUUGUCCAGGCAAGGGGUGAUCUGGUAGUGAUUUUUUUUUUCCUUCCUGAAAGGGCUGUCAAUAAAACACUUAAAAAGAAAAUAAUAUUCUGCCUUUAGGAACAACUGAGUUGUUUUUUUGUUUUGUUUUGUUUUUUUAGUGAGGCA